UACGAACAAGCUAUAGCGCUAAGUGAUACAGUCUGACGUUCUAGAAGACCGAAAUUUUAUUAAUCAGUGUUGAUUUUUGUAAACGUGAUUCGUUAUAUUUACUCCAUUUUUUCAAUAUGGACCUCCCAGCCGAACUGCAAGUGAUGCCGUUCAAUCUUCGGCUGAUGGAACUGGUCGGAAUGUGGGGACCAACGAGCAAAACCUAUCGAUUCUAUUUGUCUUACAGCUUCGGUAUCAUGAUGAUACUUUUUCCAAAAAUUUUCCUCGGAAUGGGAAGCGAUCGGUUCGAUGAUAUCGCCAAAGGAUUGAGCGAGUUGCUGUUCCAGACGAAUCUGUACGUGUCGGUUGCGAUUUUCGCAAUCAAGCGAUCGGCAUUCGAGCGGAUGGUUGACAUCCUGAGUGAAAUUUUUAGGAAAGUUACGGGUCCACAGCACCCAAGAGAAUGUUACGAAAUGAUUUGCGAGCAAAAUAAAAAGAACGAUAAAUUCGCCAAAUUCUACGCACUCAAUUGUUGUUUCGGACCGUUUGUUUACACUAUACCUGCGUUCACGACCACUUACCUACGAUAUUUUUCCGCCAGUGGGAACUACACAGAGGAACCUCUACGCUUCGAACUGCCAAUGGAGCAAGAAUUUUAUGGACUACAAAUCCGGACCAACUUCGUACACUACCAUAUCUUCCUGGCGUUAGGUCAGGUGGUCUAUUGUUACUGUGCGUACAUUUCGGUGAUCAAGGUAACUUCGAUGCUGAUCCUGAUCAAAUACAGCUCCUUAACCUACCGAUUGAUUGCUGUUCAAAUACGUUAUCUGCGCCUACAGUUGAUCAUGGAGAAGAAAGAAGAUUAUGCUAAAAUGAAAAUUGAGCAAUUGGUGAAGAUCGUCCAGUUGCAUGAAAGUGCUUUCGAAAUGACGAAACUGGUAGAGGAAAUUGUCCAUAUUCCGAUGGCAAUGCAAUUCAUGACUUGUAUUAUGGUUUGGUGCUUGAUCAUGCUCUAUGUUUCUACGAACAUAACGCUCACGCUGUUCAACUUGAUGGUCCCAUUCUGGCUGUCCGUUAUCGAAACCUAUGGCUUCUCCUAUCUCGGCACGGAACUUAUGCAGGAAGCGGCAGCGGUCGGUACCGCCAUCUACGAGCUGCCGUGGUACGAAGAUUCGGUCGAACUGCAGCGGUACUAUCGCCUAAUUAUACAACGCACCCAGCGUACGACAGGCGUUACGGCGGCGAAAUUUUUCUACGUUGGGAUCGAGAAAUUCGGGAGCGUGGUCAAUAUGUCAUACACUUACUAUCUGGUGCUGAAAGACGCUCUCAGUAAAAACAGUCAGUGAUGCAAAAGAUGUUUUAGUUCCCCAGUGUAAUUUUUCUCUCGUUGUUGGCUUUAGUCACACACACUUUGUUUUUUUUGUUGCAGCUUUAAACUGUAAUUGUAUCAGGUAUUCAGUUAUUUCAGUACAAAUUUUACGUUUCUUUUCAAACUUACCCUACCGGUUUCGA